AUGCCUAACUUUCUUAUUACAUCAUUUGUUUCUAUUCUUUUACCCAUCAUCAUAUUCAUAUCAAUCUCACCAUUACCAUCCAUUGGUCAUAAAAUCACAGAUCUAGAAAUCAAAAAGUUAUGCUCGAAAACGAGCAAUCCCGAUAACUGCUACAAACUCCUAAAAUCGGACCACCGAACGACAAACAUAGACGAAAAGGGGCUUGUUCAAGUUUCGAUUGAUUUAGCUUCUAAAGUGGCCAAUAAAAUCCAUUGGGAGCUCGAAUCCGAGGCUAAGGCAACAAAUGAUUCCCGAUCGAAAAAUGUGUACAAUGUGUGCUCGAAGAAUUAUAACAAUAUCAUUCGUGACCUUCGACUUUCUAAAAAUAACCUUAAAUCGGGUGUUGCUCGAGUGAAGAACAUAUCGGAAGAAAUCGAGAGGUGUAAGAAGGCGUUUAGUGGAGCAUCCGCACGAAUCAAGAAGACGAAUGAGGCUGCAUUUGGUUUUGUUCUUAGUAUUGUAAGGAUUAUGUUGGAUAAUUUUGUAAAGAGGUAUUAA